UAUUACAAAUUUAAUAUUUUUAAAUAAGUAUUUAUUUAUUUAUAAUUAAUUAAUCAAAAUUCUCUUCAAAAGAAUCAAAAUUAGAUGAAACAAUUCAGUUUGAUAUUUGUACUAAUUAUAUUGUCUAUCAGCUAAUCCCAAGCAAAACUAAAGAUAGUAGCUGAAAUUUAUCGUCAUGGUGCAAGAGGAACUUUAUCGAGCUAUUACGACGGUAAUUCUUAACCUGAUAUCGCGGGGGAGUUAACAGCAACCGGCUAAAGGCAACAUUACAAUUUAGGAUAAUUCUUGAGAGAAGAAUAUGUAAAUAAAACUAAUUUUAUGCCUGAGUAGUAUAACCACUCUUUAAUCUAUGUCAGAGCUGAUGAUUUUAAUAGAACUAUCAUGAGUGCCUACAGUCAUUUCUAAGGAUUCUAUCCUCAAGGCUUUGGAGCUUAGUUACCAUCUAAUCUUUCUUAUGACUACACUUUACCACCCUUUAGAUCUCCAGAUAUUAACAUUGAUGCAUCAAAAAGCUUAGGAAUUAAUGCUCUACCCAAUCAAAUAUAAGUAUUGCCUGUCCAUGUUAUCAGCACAUAAACAGAUUUCAUAUUUUUAGCUUAAGAUAUUUGUCCUAACUAUGGAAAAUAUUCAAAUGAUUAUCAUUAAGAAAAGACUCAAGUCUAUAAUUUUGUUAACUCAUAAAUGUCAUAAACUUUAUAGCAGUUGACUCAAAUCUUUAACUAAACAAUAUCAAGUGUAGAUGAUGCUUAUUCAUUAACUGAUGUUAUUUAUUGCGAUACAAACAACGGUAGAUAUGUUCCUCCUAUUCCUAGUGAGGUUGAAGCUAAUCUUACUUUUAUUUAUAAUUUCUUCUCAUUUUAUGAAGGUUUAAAGGAGGUUAAAGUAGCUACAUAGCCUUAUUUCGAGGAAAUAUUUGGAUAUUUUGAUUAGAUUAUAGCAGGAAAUUCAUCACUAAAAUGGAUCAGUCACAGUGGGCACGAUACCAACAUUGGUCCUUUACUUUAAGCCCUAAACUUGUCUUCUAUUGAAUGUUAACUUAACCAAUUCUACAAAUAAGGUUAAUCCUUCCUUAAUUGUGCUGAUGGUCCUCACUUUGCUUCACACAUAUUGUUUGAAAUUCACGAAUAAGAAGAAAAUGUUAUAAAUGAUAAAUCUUAACUUUACGUCAGAGUUAGAUAUAAUGGUCAAUAUAUGAAUUUAUGUGAUAGAAAUUCUACUUAAUGUAGCUAUUUAGAAUUUGAAAGUAGGAUUAAAUAAUAGUUUGAAAACUAUAAUUUAUUAUGUGGUAUGCAAACGGAUGUAUUCAAUAACCCUUAAAUAUUGAGUCAAAAUAUUGGCGUUGAAGAAGAUGAAGAAUACUCCUACAAAUUGAAUGUUUUCUAAAUACUUAUUCCUGUAUUUGUUUAAAUAUUUAGUGUUUUGAUUCUCUUUUAUGCUUUCAAAAAGAUCUAACUAUAACAAAAAGAAAUUAAAGUACUUAGAGAGAGACUAUUAGAAACAGGAACAUUUGAAUAUUAAUAAUAAAUAGAUUGA